CGUACCCACAGACCGCUAGGUUCCAAGAGUUGAACACACACCAACGCCACUCUUACUUUGCUUUGCUUUGCUUUGCUUUCCUCCGAGUCCACCCCUUUGAUCAAAAGGGUUUCUUCCCAAAUCUCUCUUUUCAUCAAUCUUUGAUUUCGAUUUCGAGUAUUUAUAAUCGGAAAAGAUGUUGUUGAAUCUUCUUCCAUCGUCAUCUGUCACUUUCUCAAAGUCACACCAUAAAUACCCCAUUAAUAAUCCUUCGAAUCUUGCAUCCAAAACCUCCAUUCCUCAUCGAUUGACGCAAUCGAAGUUGAAAGUCUCAAUCUUGAACCAAAUCCACAACCACCCAUUUGAACAUCCUUCUUCAACACCCACUUCUCAGAUCUAUGGUGUCAGCAAGUUUCUCAAAACCCCAUUUCGAUUUGGGAGUUUUGGGGGCAAACCCACUUCACAGAUCGUUAAAUCAGCCUCUGAAAGUUCUGAAACGCCCCAAGAUUUGACCCCAGAUGGAGAAAUUGAAAAGAAAUCGAACAAAACUCUUCAGCUUGCGAUUGUAUUUGGGUUUUGGUACUUCCAGAACAUUGUUUUCAAUAUCUACAAUAAGAAAGCUCUCAACAUUUUCCCAUAUCCAUGGCUUCUUGCUUCGUUUCAGCUCUUUGUUGGUUCUUUAUGGAUGUUGGUGCUUUGGGGUUUCAAGCUUCAACCUUGCCCCAAAAUUGACAAAUCUUUCAUAAUCGCUCUUCUUGGCCCUGCUCUGUUUCACACAAUUGGUCACAUUUCUGCUUGUGUUUCAUUCUCUAAAGUUGCUGUUUCUUUCACUCAUGUUAUCAAAUCGGCCGAACCCGUUUUCUCCGUCGUCUUUUCGUCGGCCCUCGGAACCACUUACCCUCUAUCCGUUUGGUUAUCAAUUUUGCCAAUUGUUAUGGGUUGUUCUUUAGCUGCAGUUACUGAGGUUUCCUUCAAUCUUGGUGGGUUAUGGGGUGCUUUGAUCAGCAAUGUGGGAUUCGUUCUUCGGAACAUUUACUCGAAAAAGAGUUUGCAGAACUUUAAACAAGUAAAUGGAUUGAAUCUAUACGGUUGGAUCACGAUCCUUUCGUUCUUUUACCUGUUUCCGGUGGCGAUUUUUGUCGAAGGAUCUCAAUGGGUUCCGGGGUAUUACAAAGCAAUCGAAACCAUUGGAAAACCAUCUACAUUCUAUCUAUGGGUGAUGCUAUCUGGGGUGUUUUACCAUCUUUAUAACCAAUCUUCUUAUCAAGCACUCGAUGAUAUCAGUCCGUUAACGUUUUCAGUUGGAAACACGAUGAAACGGGUGGUUGUGAUCAUUUCGACUGUGUUGGUUUUCAGAAAUCCAGUUAGGCCAUUGAAUGGACUUGGAUCUGCCAUUGCUAUCUUGGGUACUUUCUUGUAUUCACAGGCAACAUCAAAGAAGAAGGCUGCAGUUGAAAAGAAGGAGGAUUAAGGAGGCUUCCAUAUGGGUUCAUUUCUUUUUUCUUACUUGUUAGAACUUUUGGGUAUUGAAUCCUAGUUUUAGAAGUUAAUUUGGGGGUGGGGGGUGGUUACUUUGUGCUUGGUUGAUUGAACUAGGGUUAGUUCUUGUUGUGGCUCUGAUGUUAGACUUUGGUAUCAAUCAUACUUUUCAUGAGCAAAUUGAAUCAAGAAUCUUUUCAA